AUGGAGGAAGAAACAGCACCAAUAAGCGGUCUACGUAGAUCGGAAGUAGAAUCACGUGUCGAAGCUACGACCUCCAAAAUGAUUGAAUCAGUCAGUACGGUAGCCGAUAAAGUAAAACGAAUAACUGGCAACACAAAAAGCACUCUAAAAACCCUCACAACCAACCCACGUGAACUCGCACAACAAGUACUGGCUAUCAUCUCGCAAAGAUGGCAGUACAGCCCAUUCUUUCGUUGGUUUGUGUGCAUCACCGGCACAUUUGCCUUUAUUCCAGCACUCGUGUUGCUCGGAUGGAUUGUACUCACCUGUGCCAUAGUUGUGGGGAUUGCCGGCAUUGGGAUUUUUAUGGCGGAAGGAUUCUUUGCGUUUUUGGGUGGUUUGGUGUUCUUUCCAGUUGUUGGGUUUUUGUUGUUUGUGGCGUCAAUUGGUGGGUUGUUUGCUGGUGGAACUUAUAUAGCUUUGAGGGUUGCUGUGUACUUGUUGGAUGUGCUGGGAAUUAUUGAGAAGAAGCGGGGCGCGCAACUUCAGGAGGCUGUCUAUCAGGUGUCUAAAGGAAAUAUCGAGCGUGGCCGUGCUGCAAUGAAAGACUGA